AUGGCGGAACCAGGAGUCAAACGCGAGCGUGAGGCAACUGACGAGGCGUUGCGCUCGUUCCAUGAGACUCCGAGCGAAGCGCAAAAGCCCCGCGAGGACGAGAAGGGCAAGCGCUGGACGCCUGACCAGGACGACGCGCUGCGCAAGGCAGUGGAAGAGUUCGGCCAGCGCAACUGGAAAGCCAUCGCCUCGCGCGUGGAUGGACGCAACCACGCGCAGUGUCUGCAGCGCUGGAACAAGGUGCUUAAGCCUGGGCUGGUAAAGGGCCACUGGUCAUUCGAAGAGGACAGCACGCUGGAGCAGAUGGUGUUGCAAGGCUGCCACUCAUGGGGCGAAGUGGCAGCUCACAUCCCCGGAAGAACAGCAAAACAAUGUCGCGAGCGAUGGAGAAACCACUUGGACCCGAGCAUCAACAAAUCACCAUUUACGCCUGAAGAAGACACAAUUAUCCAGGAAGGGUUUGAGAAAAUGGGCAAUCGAUGGACACAAAUUGCAGAAUUGUUGCCAGGACGCACGGAAGACGCGGUGAAGUUGAGAUGGAAAGCGUUGAACCCGAACCAAAAGGUCAAGGCCAAGCCUGGUCGUCCGAAACUUAUGCCAGGAAUGACAGUGAACAAGCAACGCUCGAUGGCUCCUCCGACACCUGAUGAUGUUGCAGCAACGUUGAUGAAUGGACCAAUCACAAUGCCCGAGUUGCCAACCUACGGCAAUGGGUACCCCGACCCAAUGCCUUACCACGACAACAGUGUACCCAUUACACCAAUGCCAAUGCCACCUCUGCAUCCACCGCAAAUGGGAAUGCCUCACUCGGAAGACCCUCUCCCCACAACACAAGUACCAAUGCCAACCCAGUACCCAGAACCUAUCGUAGAGCCAUUGAGCGAUGAAGUGAAGGCCGAGGAUGAGAUGAACGACGCUGCGAUCCUCAAAGAACUGCUGCGUAGCCAUUCGAACAGCUUAUUGAGCUUUGGCAGCGCACGCGGCUUGACCUCAUUCACAGACAUGUCGCCUGAAGACUUGCUGGCAAGUGGCGAACUGGACGAAAUGUUCCGUGCCACAGUGUCAAUAUCCAAGGAACGAGGCGAGAGAGGGCGACUCUCAAGUGCCAGCAGUAUGAUGGACAGUUUAACCAGUUCAUUCAAAAACCCAGAGUCGUUGCAGAAGGCGGUGCAGAACUUGGAUCACGAAGACAAACAUCUGUUCCAGGGACUUAUUGACAGUUGGCGAGCACAAAAGUCGACUGGGGGCGAUGCAAAUAUCCAGGACGACCAUAUUGCCAGUUUGCCAGUGGAGACGAACGCGUACUCGCAACACAGCUUUGAGACGAGCAGCGGACGCAAUUUGACACACUCGCUGGAUUUUCAGGAGACCAGAUCGAUGCCCAGACGAAACUCGAACGGGAUCUCGUACGAACUCAGCAACAUCUCGAAUGAUAUUGACGACCUGUUGGACUCGGAUCUCAUGCGCCCGAUUCGCAAGGGCAAGAUGUAUUAG